AUGCUCAAACUCCCCAUCAGCGGCGACCCCACGAGCUCCGGCCUCCCAAUGAAUCAUGCUGUUCGCGCGAUGCAAUCGCCUCUCGUGGCAGUGGGGACACUUGACAACAAAGGCCGGCCGUGGACGACCGUCUGGGGCGGUGAUAUCGGCUGCGCAAGGCCCGUUGCAGAAGACGUGCUGAGAUUCGAUAGCAAAGUUGACACACAACAUGAUCCUGUCUUUAAUGCCUUGCUCGGAAGUGAUAAAGGCAAAGCUGGUCAUGCAGUGCUUCAAAACGACAAGAAGAGAAAAAUGAUGGCUGCAUUGACUAUAGACCUAGAAGGACAAGAUCGUGUCAAGCUUAUGGGCAAGAUGCUUGCAGCCAUGGAAGGCAAAGACGGGAGAGUCAGGAUUGCCAUGGAUAUAGAAGAGAGUCUUGGAAACUGUCCCAAGUAUCUCAAUCGAAAGGAGAUUGUACCGAAUGAUGCCCGUCCUGUACUGAUAUCACAGAAGCUACCAUUGCCGCAAGAAGCCGUGGACUUGAUUGGCAAAGCAGACACGUUAUUCCUGUCGAGCACUAACGGAAAAUCGAUGGAUACGAAUAACAGAGGUGGCCCACCUGGCUUUGUGAGGAUUAUCCAGAAUAAUGAAGACGGAGUGGUUCUGAUAUAUCCAGAGUUCUCCGGCAAUAGAUUAUAUCAGAGCUUAGGAAAUCUCAAAGUAAACCCACUGAUUGGCAUCGUUGUUCCCGACUUUGUCACUUCCGAUGUCCUAUACCUCACAGGCUCUGCAACAAUCCUGGUAGGCAAAGACGCCUCCGAUUUGCUCGUCAGAACACAACUGGCCGUCAAAAUCAACGUCACAGAUGCCAGAUUCGUUCGAUCUGGUCUCCCAUUCCGCGGAAUCCCGAUAGAGUACUCACCGUACAAUCCUCCUCCAAGAUAUCUUGUCGCCGAACAAACCGAAAGCACCGCGAAAGCAUCACAGGACAGCACCGAUCUUUCUGCAAAGUUUCUGUCCCGGGAGAUCCUCACACCAACUAUCAGCCGCUUCACAUUCAAGCUCUCGUCACAGAAGCAGAUCCCGACAUGGCAUGCUGGGCAGUAUAUAACAUUGGACUUUGCGCCGCAAUUGAACCGAGGAUGGUCUCAUAUGAGAGACCAUGAUCCACAGAGCUUGAACGACGACUUUAUUCGAACUUUUACUGUUUCCAAUACUCCACAAGAGGCUGAGCUUCAAAUCACCGUCAAGAAGAACGGACCUGCCACAAAUUUUCUUUGGAGGCAUAAAGCCGACACACCCCUGAAACUGUCUGUAUUGGGGUUUGGUGGACAAGAGUCAUUUCGUAUGCCCGUUCAAAAGGCCUCUGCAGAAUCGCGAACCUCCGUCUUCAUUGCGGCUGGCGUGGGUAUAACGCCACUGCUUGCGCAAGCUCCAGCACUCAUCAGCGCAGAAUCUGAUUUCGACGUAUUCUGGAGUCUUCGUGGGGAAGAUCUAAAAUUGGCGGUGGAUUCAUUCAAAAGAGUUGACGGGCUGGCGGCUAGAACGAAGCUUUUUAUCACGGGUGAUCAUUUUGACAGUAAGCUGGUGAAGGAGGUCCAGACUUUAGGGUCUGAGGUUGUAUCCCGACGAUUAAUUGAAGACGAUCUCAAAACUUUGAAGGGGGCGGAGCGUAAAUUCUUUCUAUGUACCGGGCCAAUGCUCUUGCAGAGAGUGAAAGGAUGGCUGUCCGGUGAGCAAGUGGUUUGGGAAGAUUUCGGAUACUAA